GGUCUACUACUAUUCCGCUUCAAGCCAGGGAUGGAUUCCUGCAGUCGUGGAGCGCACAGAUGGAGUGGGACUCUACUUUGUGGACGUAAAACCGGACUGGGGUCUACAUGGAUGGCGGUUGCGUCCUCGAGGCAAGGCACAGCAAGAAAUAGAACAAGGGAUGAAAGACGUGCAGGUAGUCAAAGAGGACAGCUUUACAAAGGUUACUGGUCCGGCAAUACUUGGGACUGAUGCUACGAUCUUUGACUCGAGCGAUGGUGAAUGGUGGGGUACAUCGCAGUCACUGGCAGAAGUGGAGAAAAGGGAUCAAGAGCGCAAGCAGCUUCACGACCCCGUGAGUGCUAAAACAGGCACAACAACUAGAAGUAGUGCUGGCGCAACGAGUUCAUCGAAUAGUCGAACUCAAAAUCAUCCGAAGAAGGACAAGGUUGAUCAUGAAGACUAUUUCUAUCAUACUGCAGGUCCAACAAGUGCAGGAGUACAAGAAACACAACAGAAACAGCAGAAACUGCUUGUCGAAAAUACACGACCUCGAAGUAAUUCACCAACAGCAUCUACUCCCACAGUAAAUGCCUAUACCUCUGUUCUGCCUCCGGCUGGCAAAGAGGUUCCUGGAGUUGUUUACGGGGAGCAUUCCGAUGCGACGUUGCCGG